GAGCUAGCAAAACUCAACAAAAAAGAGCAAUCCAGCUCAGUGUAACUGAAUCUAGACUCCAAAACAGAUCUCAGUGUCCGAAGCUCCAGCCCACGAGUUUGGCUUGUCUCCAGCCUUUUUCUGACAGGGCCUGAAUUUACUGCCUCUGCCUUGGGAGUCACAUUUCAUGCAACCAUUCCAAUGGUGUAACGGAUGCCAGUGUGGUUUGGGUUCUCAGCGUUUUGAACACUACUGCAGCAUGGGGUCUGACAUCUAUCACCUCCCGCUCAAUGUCUAUGUCAUUGUGCUGGGCAUCGGCCUCUUCGUCUUCAUGCUCAGCCUCAUCUUCUGCUGCUACCUUUUCAGGUUGAAACAACAAGGAACUAGGGAGCAGUUCAGUUACAACGAGGUGGUGCUGAAGGGGGCAAGCAAAAAAUUAAGCCUUCUUGGACAAACCUGUGCAGUGUGUCUGGAAGAAUUCAGGACCAGAGAUGAACUGGGAGUGUGUCCGUGCUCACAUGCAUUUCACAAGAAGUGCCUGCUUAAGUGGCUAGAGAUCCGCAGCGUGUGCCCCAUGUGUAACAAACCCAUCCUGCGGCUCCACUCAGAUGCUCCCCAGGGUGCUGAGGGUCCUAUGGACCCAGAAGAGGUGUGAACAAGCCAGGGACGAAGAGAACAGGCUCCCUUUACAGAAAACACACAUUAAAUACACUAGAGAUGAACAGUGGUCAUCUUGAAGACAUUCACAGGAAAUGUUAAAGAUCCCCAAGUAGCAGCAUUGCUGCUGAACCUUUGAGCAAUAUGCUUUUAUGGGAACUGAAUAUUGAUUGCACCGACAUGAUUUGGUCAAAUCGGUCAGAGAAAGGUGAAUGAUCUUUCAUUAAAAUGCUCCUAGUUCUACUUCCAUGUUGCACUGUUCACCAAAAAAAAAAAAAGUCAGGAAAAGGAGCAGCAAUAGAAAGUUGGAUAUCAUUGCCACUGUCACUGGACGACUGGUGCAACACUGCCAGAGACAAACAACUCUACAGGCAUUGAGCAGGACAUCAAAUUACAGGAUCAGUAUGGAUACCUCUAUUAUCUCAGGGGUGUUACCAAUACAGCCAGCACAAACCAUGUCAAUUACCCUAUAACCCUGUGCCAUACAUGCAUCUUCAAUACUGCCAACCUAGGUGAAAUGCUUCUGCAGCCAGAGGCAGUUACACCCUCUGGCUGAAACAGACCAGCCGGAUUACAACCACAACGAUUUAAGUAGACGAUAUUGUUACCGAUUGUGUCCCAGGCCCUUUUCCCUUUUAAAAAAGAGACUGAUAGAAAACUAGUCUUGCCUGUAUGUAUUGUAUGUAAUGUCUCCCUAUAUAUAUUGUUCUUUUGUAUUUUAAAUAAAGCGUCAUGUAAUGUAUUGUAA